GUCUUUCAAUAAAAAAAUCAUAAAAAUAUUAAGUUUGCCCUUCGUGAAAAUUGCACAAAAAUUAUUAUCACCUUUUAGAUUUGUCGGCCAGUCCGACCUAUCUUGAAAAAAAUGAGGGUUUGAGCGAAAAUCGGGCUAUUUGACAAUCCACUAUUAUGAGACCAAACCUCAACCCAAUUUGAAAAACCCUCCUCAACCUAAUUUUAUCGGUUUUCAACCUCGACUUUUCAGCCUAAGAUCUACCCUACACAAACACUUUUUUUUUGUUUUUCAAAAACCCGAUCCAUGAUCACCUCUACUUUAGUACUUUACUCACACGCAAAACAAAAAAUAAAGAAAAUAAAAAAAUAAAAUCUCCACUAUAAAUAGCCCACAUUGUACUCAUAAUCUUCUACCCCUCCCCCAAAGGCCCCAAUUUCAUCGGAACACAUACACUCUAUUCCCCCAAUCUCUCUUCAAAUGGAUGAUCUCAAAUUUGUGAUCGAAUCAUCCGAAGCACAAACACUAGCAAACAAACUCGGCUUAAAAUCCGUAGUCCACCUUUUACCAUUGAUAGCAAAAUCAGCUAAAAAGCUUGCUCGUCCACCAAUCUCCGGCUUCCCCGUCGCCGCCGUUGGCUUAGCUACGGACGGCCGUAUAUUCAUCGGCGUCAAUGUCGAAUUUCCAGGAUUACCCCUGCAUCAUUCAAUCCACGCUGAACAAUGUCUCAUCACAAAUCUCUCACUUCACCCUCAAACCCAUCUCAAAAACGUCGUCGUUUCGGCGUAUCCAUGUGGGCAUUGUCGUCAAUUUCUUCAAGAAAUUCGUGGUGCCCCAGAUAUUCAGAUCUUUGUUUUGGAUAAAAAUGAUGAUCAGGAAUCAGAAUCUGAACAAAUUAAUGGAUACCCAGAUGAAGAAUCGGAUUGGUUUAGGCCAUUAUCUUGUUUUUUGCCUAAUAGAUUUGGUCCACAUGAUCUGUUGGAUAAAACUGUUCCUCUAAUUUUGGAAACAAUUAAUAAUAAUUUGGUUCUCGAUGAUGGUAAAAUCGUUGAAAUGGGUAAUCUGUGUAAUGUAGUUUCGAGAUUUGAGGUGGGAGAAUUGGUUUCGGCUGCAUUCGAGGCUGCGAAUCGGUCUCAUGCACCUUACAGUGGUAGUCCAUCUGGGGUUGCUUUGGUUGAUGUGAAUGGAAAAUUUUACAAGGGGUGUUACAUGGAGUCUGCUGCUUUUAACCCGAGUAUCGGCCCUGUGCAAGCUGCCAUGAUCGCUUUCAUAACGGCUGUUGAUGGCGGGUUUGGGACUGGCGGAUGUGACGUAGGUGCUGAUUACGAGAGGAUUGUGGGUGCUGUUCUGGUCGAAGUUGAAGGUGCUGUUGUUAGGCAAGAAGAGACUGCAAGAUUGUUUUUAAAUGCUGUUAUUCCAAAGUGUGAAUUUCGUGUGUUACGUUGCCAAAAAUCAAGCUCUGCUAAGACGGCUAAAGAGUAAAGACAAUUGGUGAUGGUUCUUCGUUGCUAUUGACUUAUUGUUACGAUCUAAACAUCGGAAAUUUUUUCAUGUAAUCGAUUAUUUGUAAUAAUUCUGAUGAUCAUUAUUGUGUAAAGAAAAAAAAAACAAUAAUAAUGGUAACUUUGUUAUUGUCUCUAAAAUGGGUAAUGUAGUUUAACAUUUGAUAAUCUAAUUUUGCCCUUUGAUUAGGAGAAAAGGUUGAAAACUUUUAUGUGAAA